CAAAAGCAGACCAAACAUCCACUUCCCCAAGCCCUGCCGCUCUCUUGCAUAAAGGCAGGGUCUCGCCGAUGUCUCUGGAGAGCAGCAGCUUUCAGUAUGUUAAAUUACUUUCAUCAUGUAUUUUCAGAUGCUUAUUGAUUUGGCAGUAGGGAGACUGGACAACCGCAGCAGCCUCCAAGCAAGAAAACAUGCUCUGUAGGUUACCACUGUGCUGAAACAAUGGCUCAGCAGAAGAAUAUAUUUUCAUUAAGGACAUUCUCUGGGUAGAGAUUUUGCACCUGCUUUCCGACAUGCUUCACCUUCAAGUGAGCAAAAUGCAGCAAUCUAACCUGGAACUGAUACAAAAUGGAUUUCUAUUAUUAGCAAAGGGCAUGACAUUUGGGCUCCAGAGGUACCGCCUGCAGCCUCAGGAAGGAAAAGAGUGGAAUUUGUACUAGCAGGCUAUCAUCCAAGCUGCAGAAUGGAUUUUGCAUAAAACCUCUAUUUUAAGGUAUUAAACAACAAGAACACAGAUUAUGGAGCAAGAGUGUAAUCCUAUGACAAAGCAACAAGACUGGGAUGCCUAGAACAGAUUUCGCACAGACUCAUUCUUUCCAGGUGUGUCUGUCAAAAACCAAAAUGGAUAUGUGUCACCUGACUCAAAAAGAUGUUUAUCAAUUCCUUGCUGGAGAUCAACAUGCAGUCUGAAGUAAACUUAACAGUCCGUGAUGAUAUCAGCACCAAUAUGUACCAGACACUCCCAUAUACUCUUAGCUUCCAGAUUUCUCUAACUUGCUUUCUCAUGUUGGAAAUUGUUUUGGGUCUUGGGAGUAAUCUUACAGUACUUGUACUUUACUGCAUGAAGUCCAACUUAAUCAACUCAGUCAGCAACAUUAUCACAAUGAACCUUCAUGUCCUUGAUGUAAUAAUAUGUGUAGGCUGCAUUCCUUUAACAAUUGUCAUACUUCUGUUACCAAUGGAGAGCAACAAUGCUCUAAUCUGCUGCUUCCAUGAAGCCUGUGUCUCCUUUUCUAGUGUUGCCACAGCUGUCAAUGUGUUUGCCAUCACUCUGGACCGCUACGAUAUAUCUGUGAAACCAGCAAGUCGCAUCCUUACAAUGGGUCGAGCUGUAAUACUAAUGACAACAACCUGGAUAGUUUCUUUUCUUUCUUUCCUAAUUCCCUUCAUCGAGGUCAACUUUUUCAGUGUUCAGAGUGAAAGCAAAUGGGAAAACAAAACCCUUUUGUGUGUUAGCAGAAAUGAAUAUCACACUGAACUUGGUAUGUAUUAUCAUCUUCUGGUUCAGAUUCCAAUAUUUUUCUUCACUAUAAUUGUAAUGUUGAUCACAUACAGCAAGAUUCUUCAAGCUCUUAACAUUCGGAUAGGCACAAGGUUUUCUACAGUGCAAAAGAAGAAAGCAAGAAAAAAGAAAACAAUUUCACUAGCUACUCAACACGAGACAACAGAUGUGUCUCAAAGCAGUGGCGGUAGGAAUGUGGUACUUGGUGUAAGGACUUCAGUGUCUGUCAUUAUUGCCCUGCGCCGAGCAGUCAAAAGGCACAGAGAGAGACGGGAAAGACAGAAAAGAGUUUUUAGAAUGUCAUUACUGAUCAUUUCGACCUUCCUGUUUUGUUGGACACCAAUAUCGAUUUUAAAUACAACAAUUUUAUGUCUUGGGCCAAGUGACCUUUUGGUAAAACUAAGAUUGUGCUUCUUGGUUAUGGCUUAUGGAACCACUAUAUUCCAUCCACUACUGUAUGCAUUCACCAGGCAAAAAUUCCAAAAGGUACUGAAAAGUAAAAUGAAAAAACGGGUUGUUUCUAUAGUGGAAGCUGAUCCAAUGCCAAAUAAUGCUGUAAUACACAAUUCUUGGAUUGAACCCAAAAGGAAUAAAAAGAUAACAUUUGAGGACAAGGAAGCCAGGCAGAAAUGUUUAGCUACUCAGGCUGCUACAGAUUAAGCUGUUAUUCCUCUUCUCCAUUUCUUUUUUUAUACUAAAUGAAGUUGGAAAUGAACGAAUAUACUGCCAACCAUUUUAUGAUUUUUUAAAAUGUAUUUUUUACAAUACUUAGUAUAUUGUACAAUUUCAAAGAAAAAAAUGUAUUUAGGUUAGGUGUUGAAUAAUAACUACAGUACACGGUGCAUAGCAGUUUGUUAAUGUAAAGUCAAUACUUAAUCUUAUGAUGACUAUAGGACAUUUAUGUACAUUUACUUUUUCUAACAAAAAAAAAAUAUGGUGCAAAUAAAUAUCUUUUAAACAACA